UAGUGGUGUGAUAUAGAUCAACGACACAACUUAUUUUCAUGUGAUAUCCAUGUGAUUACAACCAAUCAAAUUACUCCACCUAUAAAUAUAGCAUUAUAAAUAAAUAAUUUUAUUUGUGACAUCAAACGUGAAUAUAUAAUAAUUAUUCUAUUAAAAAAACACUUUAAUUAUUACCUUAUCACCUCCUCCUCCACCGCCGCCGUCCACAACUCGCCGGGAAACUCUCAGUUUCCUCCGGCGAGCCAAAGCAAUGUCACAAACGCCUUGCCUCUCGCUCCAAACCGCCCCCAAAACACUUCUCCUCCGCCGUAUCUCCGCCUCCAAGAGCUCAAUUCCCAUAAAAAGCAAUCUCUUCUCUCCGAUUCCAAACGCGAUUUCGGGAAACUGCAGAGGUGUUAAACGGGGCUCUUUGAUCGCCGUUGGGUGCUCAACUUCGUCGCCCUUCAUAGGGAGGGUUGGGCUGCACAAACGGGAGGGGAAUUUCACGCUGCUUUCAUUCGGCGCCGAGAGCACGAUUGCGGCAGCGGAGGAUAAAUCCGAUGCGUCUCAAGUUCUCUCCGCACUGCUUCCCGUCGUGGUGGCUCUCACCGCCGUCGCCGCCCUCUCCAAGCCGUCGACGUUCACUUGGGUGUCGCGAGAGCUGUAUGCUCCUGCACUCGGUGGAAUCAUGCUGUCGAUUGGGAUCCGGCUCUCCAUUGAUGAUUUUGCCUUAGCUUUUAAGAGACCUCUGCCAUUAUCCGUUGGAUUCAUGGCUCAGUACGCCUUGAAGCCGGUUCUUGGUGUGGUCGUUGCACGUGCCUUUGGGAUGUCUCCGAUGUUCUAUGCUGGUUUCGUUCUGAUGGCGUGUGUUGCAGGGGCUCAGCUGUCGAGCUACGCCAGCUUCUUGAGCAAGGGGGACGUGGCAUUGAGCAUCCUCUUGACCAGCUCCUCGACCAUAGCCUCUGUCCUCGUCACCCCUCUUCUCACCGGCCUUCUCAUUGGCUCUGUUGUUCCAGUUGAUGCUGUUGCAAUGUCAAAAUCGAUUUUGCAGGUGGUUCUUGCUCCUAUCGCUCUUGGCUUGGCGCUGAACACUUAUGCCAAGCCCGUUGUAUCCAUUUUGCAACCCGUGAUGCCAUUUGUCGCGAUGAUCUGCACUUCGUUGUGCAUUGGAAGCCCUCUUGCCAUAAAUAGGAGCCAGAUCCUUUCAAUUGAGGGGCUGAGAUUGGUUGCUCCGGUGCUGUCGUUUCAUGCAGUCGCGUUUACCUUGGGAUAUUGGGCCGCCAAAAUUCAACCUCUCAGGUUAGAAGAAGAAGUUUGCAGAACAAUAUCACUGUGCACAGGAAUGCAGAGCUCAACCCUAGCAGGGCUUCUUGCAACUCAGUUUCUCGGAAGCACUCAAGCCGUGGCCCCGGCUUGCUCGGUGGUAGCCAUGGCCAUCAUGGGCCUCUGCCUCGCCUCGUUCUGGGGCACAGGGUACAGAAUCAGAGACCUGCCGGCUUGCCUGGUCCCACAGACUAGUUCGCCCGCCAGCGCUUGAGGUAAUGCUCGAUUUUUGCGUCGUCCCGACGCGCCACGUCACACUGAUAGUAUAGUCCAACUUAUGGGGUAACAGGUAUAGCCACAUAGAGUAUAGUCAGUUGUGCAGAGUUUUUGGUUUGUUAUUUCUGCUUCUUUAGCUGCACUUGAUAUUCUUUAUGUAUAGUGAUCUAAUUUUAUAGAAAUUAAUCUAAGUUUUUUUACUUU